AUUAACCAGAGUAAUAGAAAAAAAUCGUUGCGACGGGUUUUUAGAAUAAACCGUUUGUUUGGGUUUGUUUUAUGAUAUUUUAUAUGUUUUCCCUUUUGUGAAAAAUGUGAAAAUGAGCACCAAAAGUUUCGCAAGAAAAUUAAAAGACUGAUAAGAACGAGUUAACGUUAGUGUUGCUUAAACGGUCAAAGUUUGUAAUAUUUAUUUUUUGCUCGCUGCUUGCUAAACAUCUUCAUUGAUCCACCUGUGAUGGCGGAGAGGGGUGUACAUUUAACCACAGCUUUUACAGCUGAAGAUAGACCCUCAAUAUUUGAGGUUUUAGCUCAGGGCUCUUUGAUGAGUGCUGUCAAACCUGCAUUACAGCAUGCUGUGAAGAUCCUUGCCACGUCUAACCCUGCUCACUAUGGAGUUCUGUGGAGGAGGUUUGAUGAGAUUUACGCCAUCCUAGAUUUACUGUUGCAGCAUCAUUUCUUAUCCCGCACCAGCGCCUCAUUUUCAGAGAACUUCUAUGGUCUAAAGCGUGUGGGAACAGACAGCACACAUCCUGCCCAUCUUGGUCUCCUUCGUAGACCGCACUGGCGCUCCUUGUUCCUACUGGCCCUCCUGCCUUACCUGCACACAAAACUGGAAAAAAUCUUGGCUCGGCAGAGAGACGAGGAUGAUUUUUCCAUCCGGUUGCCGCAGUCCUUAAUGCAGAAAUUGUACAGGGCUUUUUUGGCUGCGUACCCUUUUGUGUGCAUGGCUUGGGAUGGCUGGAUCUUUUGCCAGCAGCUGUUGUAUGUGUUUGGCAAAGUACGGACGCAUUCGCCCCUUUUGUGGCUUGCAGGAGUUAAACUGUCGUAUCUAACAGCUGAUGACAUCCGUAAUCUGGGUCUCAAGCCAACCGGCCCGACACUGAACCCCAGUCAAAGCAUUGGGGAGAAAUUUCAGCAUCUUGUCUCUACGAUGGUUGGUGGUGUUGCUGUAUCACUUUCAACCAGCCUCUCGAUCGGAGUGUUUUUCCUGCAGUUUCUGGAGUGGUGGCAUUCAUCAGACAACCAAAGCACUGUUAAGUCGUUGACCUCCCUCCCAAUCCCUCCACCACCUAUUCACCUUCAUAACCAGGAGACUUCACUCACACACAUUAAAGUGUGCCCGCUCUGCAGGAAGGUGCGCACCAAUGACACUGCCCUUGCCACUUCAGGCUAUGUGUUUUGUUACAAGUGUAUAUAUGUUUAUGUUAAAGCCAACCACAGAUGUCCUCUCACGGGCUACCCUUCUGCACUGCAACAUCUUAUUAAAAUAUACACACCUGAGGGAUAGACUGGUGUUUAUGUAGAUGAAAAACUUUGAUAAUUCUUUUUAAAUGCCAUUUGAACUGGUGAUUCUACAGUGAUUGUGUGAUGAUUAUUGCAUAUGGUUCUGAUUCACCCAUUUUAAAGCUGUUAUUUUAUUACAAUAAAAGGGGUACAUCUGGAAUUGAA